CCCGUUUCCAUGCCGACAUGGAGCGACGCGACCAGGCGUCUAGACGCGAUUUAUGACCCUUGAAGCCCUGGAUAUCGAGGGGUGAUAGCCACUGCGACACGACAACCUUCCUUUCAGGACCCAGAGCACCUUCAGCCUUGCACUUCUUCUAGUUGCCAUUUAUUUGCCCACCAAUGCUCAUGCUCAUGCGGUAGUCGACAUUCCACGAGUCCCUGCGUCUCUUCACCACGGCCCUUUGUGACCAAUGGGUAUCAGCGGGCUACUGCCAUUGCUCAAGUCUAUACAUAAACCAUGUAAUCUCAAGAAGUUUGCGGGGCAGACGAUAGGUGUAGAUGCCUAUGGAUGGCUUCACAGGGGUACAAUAUCUUGUACCAUGGAUUUGGUGAUGGGGAAGCCAACAAGGAAAUUUGUUGAUUUUGCCAUGCACCGGGUACGAAUGCUUCAGCAUUUUGGCGUCAUACCGUUUUUAAUCUUCGAUGGAGAUUACCUCCCCAGCAAGGCGGCUACCGAAGCGGACCGCAAUAAAAGACGAGCAGCCAGCAAAACACUUGGACUAGAGCUAUUGAAUGCAGGAAAAGUCGCACAGGCCAAUCUUGAACUCCAGAAAGCAGUUGAUGUUACUCCUGAAAUGGCCAGGCAGCUCAUCGACGAGUUGAAUAUGGCUGGGGUUCAGUAUAUUGUCGCACCAUACGAAGCAGAUGCACAGAUGGUAUACCUAGAGAGAAAGGGGAUUCUUGACGGGAUUCUAUCCGAAGACUCAGAUCUCCUAGUUUUUGGUGCUAAGUGCCUCCUGACAAAACUUGAUCAGUACGGAAAUUGCAUCGAAAUCAACCAGGCAGAUUUCAGUGCCUGCCGUGAUAUAAACCUAGCCGGGUGGAGCGAAAAGGAGUUCAGGCAGAUGGCAAUUUUGAGCGGAUGCGACUAUCUCUCCAGUAUCACGAAUAUGGGCCUGAAAACGGCCUAUCGAAUGAUACGGAAGCACAAAAAUGUUGAGAAAGUCAUACGGAUGCUACAAUUCGAUGGCAAAUACCAUGUGCCAAAGGAUUACCUGGACAACUUCUAUCAAGCGGAACUAACAUUUUUGCACCAACGUGUGUUUUGUCCGAUAGCGAAUAAAGUUGUGUUCCACACAGAGCCAGAACAACCCAUCGAUGAAGAAAAGUUGACGUUUAUCGGCGCUCCUGUCGAAGCAGAAAUAGCUAAGAGAGUCGCAACGGGAGAACUUAACCCAAUGACAAAGGAGGUGAUUAUAACCCGUCAAAGUGUGCCUGCAGCAUCUCCAAGAACGCCAUGGACGGCAAAGUCACAGCUCCGGGCAUCAGUUUCGUCACAAGAUUUAAAGAAAGGGGUUAGCAUCGAUCAAUUCUUCAAGCCAAGACGGGUUCCCCUAGCAGAACUUGACAUCAACUGUUUCACACCAUCCCCCUCUCAGCAGAAUGCCCUCCUUCGGAAUUCCGGGCCCUGGGAAGCAACACCCGUACCACGACCGCACCUGAGCCGAUCUGCAACUCAACCAGAACCACAACUGCCACCUCCAAGGUCGGCGCCUCCUCGUCAGGCUAGCAGAGCGCUAUCAGCCAGUUUUCAAUCAGAGCCUAGGCCUCAUAAGAGGCCAAGGUUAUGCUCGGAUAGUAUUACAGGCGACAUUCCAAUUGGGGGGCGCAGCCGAUUCUUUGAGUCAACGACGGAUCUAAGCCCAUCGAUUGGACGAACCGCUAAGAGCAGAAAAUCCGAAAGCGAUGUAUACAUAUAUUCCGACGAUUCCAUUGAAGAUGUGAUGCUUAGUCUCCCUGAUUUCGACGGCUUUAAGCAUGAUUCCGGUAAGAAGAUGCAGGUGUUCAAAGAGGACAGCAAAAUCAGUGAUGAAACCGAUCCAACCACCGAUUCAACUUUACAAGUUUCGACAACAACAAGCUUCACUUCAAUGCCGAGCCUCACCCAGGCAACAUCGUUUGCCAGCACCAUUGAUGAUCCACCAUCGCCUGUUUCAACUGCCCCAACGGCGACGCCUGUAUCUCUCAAAUCACGAUUUGCGUUUACACCCAAGUCUCAAUUUUCGACUCUUUCACGUCGGAGCAGCGAUGCUUCUACUUCUCCAACCUCCGCGAAGCCGUCACGCAUACCGGUUCCCGUUAAGUCAGAAACACGUAGCGCUUCCACGCCUCUCCAGGCACUAGGUUCAAAAGCCCUGAACCGCACAAAUUCCGCUGCUGUAUUACCAACGCCACCAUACACACCCAUAUCCACCCCGACUGGAUCUCGCAAGAUCUCGAGUUUUACUCGCCAACCGAAGCCUAAGCCAGCUGGCCUAGGUGGCUUGCCAUUCCCUGAACUCGGAAGGAACAUGGUUAGAAAGCAGUCGUCUCUCAAGAUCGUCACUGAGCCAGCCGACAUUCCUCUUCCUCCUCAUGAUGAGGAAGAGAGACUUGCUUUAGCAUCUCCGCCGAAGGAAAAUAUGUGCAAGUCAUUUGGAAGCGAGGACCUAAUAGUCCAUGACAGCGAAGAAGAGGAGCUUCUGAGCCCGGUCGAAAGGGUAAACUUAGGGAGGUUCGCUUUCGGCAUGAAAUAGUGGUGCUUACCAGGCUCAAAUUGGUGGCCGAGUGGGUAUUGCUACUGAAAUGGCGCGACUUUAAAGGCUAUAUUUGAAGGAGUUUCUGGGAGUAGGAGUUAGGGAUUGUUUUGUUGGGGGUCUGGGAAUAGCACUAUCAAGGUGCUUCCUAGGUUGGAGUUUUAUAGCAUUCAAGCGAUGGGCAGGUCGGGUGCGGAGUUUAGCGUCUAGUUACUUGUUCUAUCAUCGAUAAAGCUCUAAAUAGAAGCCAU